UUCAUGACUGCAAUCACCUGCAUAGUAAAUUUUCAAAGUCGCAGCAGAAACCCAUCACUCCUCCACUAACGAAUUAUAACAUCAACUUCUUCUUCUCCCUCCACUUGAUAUAUCAUGUUUCGCAUUCGGCAUCGAUAUUUUAUCUCUCCGUCUCUCAACAAAAAGCUUAACUUCUUCUUAUCCCUCACAUCUUCCAUGAAAGCCCUAGAACUGAGAUUGGAGAUUACUUUCAAAAAUUGAAUCAGAGGCUUUCAGUCAAUCUAUUUUUAAUUGCAGAAUGGUGGUUCAGAGAUUAUCUAAUUAGUUUCGAUUUGGUUGAAUUUCAUCUUCUUCAUUAGGUUCGUACUCUGCCUCCUGCUGCUGCUGCAUAUAGUCUUUGAUUGGAUAGAGGAUAGUCAUGAUUCUUUAUGUCUACUCUUGAUUUAAAGUGUUCAACAAUAUUCUUAUUUCUAUCGAAGUACUGGUCCUGACAACCGAGGUUGAUUAUCAUCACAUCGAGUUUAAUCUUAGGUACACAACAUUGUUGAGUUGCAAUCUCAAAGUGGCAGUAAAAGGUAGUGAUUAUAAGUUGCAGUUGUUGAUAUCGAGACCGGAUGCUACAAAGCUAUUUGGUUAGUAUAGCAUAUCUAUGCGAUUUGUAAUACCCAGUGCCGUCGACGUGCAUCGCAUGUGCACUCUACUUGUAAGCUUUAAUGUCAGGUAACCCGUUACUGAAACUGAAAUAGUUAUAAUUUUCAAGAUGACGUCUCUUUCUAAUUGCAAGAUUUCAUCAUCUUCAUCAUCAGCAUCUGUCAUAGUUAGCAAUGUUGAUAUGUUAACUCGGAUUCUAUUAUGUUUACCAGUAAAAUCUCUUCUAGUGUUUAAAUCCGUAUCCAAACGAUGGUUUUUCCUCAUUUCUGAUCCAUUUUUCAGAAACAAAUACAAUCUCCAUAAUUCACUUUCAAUUCAAGGCCUGUACACACAAACAGAAUCUAUUCAAUCGCCAAAUUUGGUUACUCCAGAACUCGAUUAUGUUCCCCUUGAUGGAUCAUCAUCGCCUGCCCCCUUCAAAACCCUAGGUUUUAUUGAUGAUCUUUCAGGUAAUUUUAUGAUUAAGCAAUCUUGCAAUGGUCUCAUGUUAUGUAAGAGUUGUUACGGUGCUGACGUAUUCGUAUACCGGACAUAUUUCAUCUGCAAUCCAUCUACGAGACAGUAUCGCCCGAUUGUUAGUGUAUCUCAUAAACAGAUGAAGGGUCAUAGAACACUUUCUAGUAUCAGUUUGGCUUACGAUCCACUCAAAUCACCUCAUUAUAAAGUUGUUUGCAUAUGGUUGGUUUCAAUAUGUUUUAAGGCCUAUAGUAAAUUCUUUGUUACACGACCUAAAAGUAGGAAUUUGGAUUAUCAAAUUGAGAUUUACUCAUCUGAAACAACUUCUUGGAAGCUAUCUGGAGAGGUUUCCUCCAAACCUCGUAAUUAUCACUUUGCUAGCAGUGUGUUUUGGAAUGGAUCAUUGCAUUGGAUAAUUGACACUGGUCGUUUAUUUUAUUUCAAUGUUGAUCGAGAAUUAAAACUGGAAAUGGAUACGCCACUCUGUGAUGAAGAGCUUCAGAUGGAGGUUAACUACUUUGGGGAGUUUAAGAGUCACCUAUAUCUUAUAAUUAGUCGGGUAUCAUUGCCCACCAGUUUUGAAAUUUUGGAAAUGAAGACUGACUAAACUGGGUGGAUCCAAAGGUAUAUUGUUAGUCUCCAAGAAAUUAUAAUAGCAUAUCCAGGGUCUGAAUCUGAUAUUUUGCUUGUCAAGGAAAUAGAAGGAGAGUCAUCGAACAUGGUAAUGCAGGUAGGAGAUAAAGUUAUAUCUUAUGAUCUACAAGACAUGAGCUUUAAGGAAAUUCAGCAACUUGCACCCGGUGAUCGAGAUUAUGUUGGUUAUCAAUACGUUCAAACGCUCGCUUGUGUUUGAUUGUGUAAUUCAUUUAUUAGAUUGUUCCAUAUGUCAUGUCUAGUCUUCAGAUUUGGAUGUAUUAAAGAAGAGUGCACAUUAGAAUUUAUGCUUUUUGGGUUGCAGUGAUAUGUUGAGGAACAUGCUGUCUUGAUAUUUAAUGCUUAUUUAUUUUCUGGAACAUUGAUAUGAA